CUUUGUCUCUUCCGGAUCUGACUCUUUUCUGGUCUCUUGGUGCCUUGAGUCCUUCGUUCCUUUCAAGCCUAUAACCCCCCCGCUCUAACUUCCCGGGCGGUAGUCGUUUUCCUCUUGCAAGUCGACCUGACAACGUAACGUGUCAGAUUCUCGUUCAUCCACCUCCUUUGCCCUGGGGCCUACAGGCCUUAUCUAGCCGGUCAAGCCUGUUGCAGUUGACCUUUGCCUAACCAAUUAUCAUUGUACUGGGUGACCUGGUGCGCAACCCAGUCCACAUGGUUUAGAAGCCGGGAUCCAGGUUCCUCUGUGCCCACCUACACAAAUACACAAAUGAGGCACUGAUUUGAAGUUUCACAAAAUCUUCUGCCGCGUGAUGGAUGCCUUUGCUGCACCACCACCACCAUCACUGCAACCACCAGCAACGCGUCAGCUGUGCACACACAUGUCAUCGGUUUGAACGUUCAAAUAAGUCCAACCGUUCCGUCAACAGUGGCACGUCAUCCAACCAAGAAAAUUCCGAGUCGCCUUGCAAACUUGCAAAAGUCCUGGGUUGGCAAAUGGUCGUCUUAACAUGGUCGACUCUAGUCCAACUCGGGAGCAAUGGGAAGAAAAGAAGCACUUAGUACUCAGCCUGUACAUCGGCCAGAACUCGACAGCGAAAGAAGUCGUCGCUCAUCUCAAACGAAACCAUGGCUGGAACAUUUCCACCCGCCAGCUCAAAAGUCGACUUCAGGAUUGGAACGCGAGCGGACAUAAGAGAACCCGGGCUCCUUACUAUCUGGCCAUGAUGACGGUUGCAAACCACCAUUAUAACAAGGAUCGGCUUCGUACCACCUUUCAAGUCCCAAAGAGGUACACCAAGGAGGUCAUCGACUUCUCCAAGAUCCAGAAGGAAGUCAAUCGCAUUGAAGGUGGCUAUGACAAGCUCCCUCCACUGACUGCAGCGAAACAGAUGCUUCUCAAUGCAGGGUAUACAUGGGAGACUCCGUCGUGCCGCACCAUUCGUGGCCGGGAGAGACGGUAUUCCUCCGACUCGGAUUCUGUCCAUCACAGACGCCAAUUCUCCGCGGUUGAACGUGCCAUCCCACCAAUCGAUCCGAACCAAGGUCUGAAAGUGGUUCAUUCACCGUCUCAGAUGCACGAGGAUUUUGCAUUUGCCGACAUUCUUCACCAGGGCACCACACCUGCAUCAUCUAAUUGCGGUGACAGGGUGAGAGUAGGUUCAUGGGCAGGGCCAUUUUGUUGGCAAGCAUUUGACCCGAAUCGGAAUGCCGAUGACCUUCGAGUUCAUAAAGCAGCCGCGAUGGAGCACUUUCGGUCCAUGCUGAUGCAUAACUUCGACAACCAAUACAUCUUCCCUUGUUUGAGUUGGAUGAUCCUGGUUUUAGGUUCACAUAUGAAAACGGCCGAACUUCAAGAGUUUCUCUCAUCCAGCUGUCAGGUGAUUGUCGACAAGGAUCCCAAGGGGCUGACGUACAGAGUUCCCUUUUGUUACACUCUCGCCGUGCAGACCGGGGACCGGCAGGGCAAGGAGGAGUACGGUAACCAGCUCGAGCAGUGCCACGACCAGAUCAGACUCGUCUGGGGAUCGGCCCACCCCAAUACCUUGGUGGUAAAGUCAAUCUAUGCGUGGGACCUUCUUGAAGCAUCGCAGUACUUGCGUGCCAUUGAAGUCUUGGAGCCGGAACUUCAGACCUUUGAAUAUGUCAUGGGCGCUGACGACCAGCUGACCAUCAGUUGUCAAGCAAUCCUGGCUCGAGCUUAUCAAAUGCGGGGCCAGCUUGAAAGAGCGAUCGAGCUUCUGACCCAAGCAAUUAAAUCAUUGGGCGACUUCAGAACCGAGUUCAAACCAACGUCAUAUCGGCUCCAUCUCCGUCUGGGGACGCUGUUGGCACAGACUGGCAAGCUUUCAGAAGCCGAGAGGUAUCUUUGGAAGGCAGUAAAUGGCCGAAUCGAUGUCUUCGGAUUGGGAGAAGCCAAGACAUGGUCGGCGAUUGAUGAGCUGUGCAAGCUUCUCCAGCAAACAGGUCGCACUGAAGAACUCAAUAGGUGGUUGCAGGUAUGGGGGCGACAUCCAGAAUGCUCACGACGGGAUCUUGCCGACCUGUCACUCCGUAUCAGCCACCGAGCACGCGAGGGCCUGAAUCAGAAUCAGAACCCGACGCGCAGGCCAAGCGAGACAAUGAUCCAUCGUUUAGGGCGUGUCAACUGCUCCCCAACUGACCAGGCUCUCGCCAAAUUUCAACUUCCUCCAUGGAAGAGGGUUCUCUGAAAGUUUCAGCUGCCGGAGUAUCCAACACCCUUGUUGCAAUUGUGUUUGUGUUCUAUGUUUCUUUCAAGCCGUGGUAAAACUCCUACCAUUUAAGCCCCGAGUCAAGGAAUCCAUGGACGAGUCGUUUCGGAUUAGAAGAGGGAUGGAUGUAUUGGUUUUAUUGGUGGAGCUUCACCUUGGGUGGCCAUGCAUGCUAUUUCAUGCCUUGAUUUGAAGCGAGUGAGCAGGUAUUCUUUAUCGAUGGGAGCCGGAGGUGUAAUCGGCGGCAUUGACAUGAUUUAGGCCCAUUUUGGUCCGUGAAUUCAUCGACUCUGAGCGCUAGACAUGGUUGGGUCCUGGCGGAUUGAAUUAACCAACCACUUUAUUAACAGAGUCUUCCGUAUCCGACCCCUGUGAAAGGUUGGCUAGGGCUAACAACCCGAGACAGGCAUACAUCGAAUUAGCGGUAAAUGAGAUACAGGUCAUGAGCGAUCUUGUUCAUUUGACUUUCGAAUUCUUGGCUGCGUCAAUCUGCUGAUCGCCGAGUACGAAAGAAGAGGUAUCUGACUCAGCCCCGUGGUCGUCGGCGCUGGCAGGCCUGGUGUUAUAGGACGAGUCUCGGCGGCGGUAGAUUGCAUCAGACAUCCUUACUACCUGGGCCAUGGGGUAGAUAUCGUGAACUCGGACCAUAUCAGCCCCACCGGCAAUGCUGGCAAUGACAGUUGCAGCGGUGCCGUACUGUCGCUGGUCUGGUUCCGAGAUGUCUGUGAUUUUGCCGAUGAACCCUUUGCGGCUGGUGCCGACGAGCCAUGCAAAAUUUGAUAAGUCGUCGAUGCCAUCUAAGGGGGGCUUCCUCAGAACAUGUAGAUGGCGAAGGAGUUCCAAGUUCUGACCCUCGUCUUUGGCGAAACCGAUGCCCGGAUCCAGGAUGAUUCUCCAUGGAUAUAUUCCAGCGGCCAAGGCAUCCUUGACACGCUGUGCCAGCUCUUGACGGACGCCAGUAACAACGCCUUCGGGGUAGUCGGUUAGAGUGGUCAUGGUCUGCGGAUUGCCCCUCAUGUGCAUGAGAAUGAUAGUCUUGCCCAGCUCAGCGACAGUGGCGAGCAUCCUAUCGUCCAAGGUUCCAGCGGAUACAUCGUUAAUGAUGUCUGCCCCUGCACGGAUGCUCUCUCGGGCAACAAGAGAAUGAAAGUGAUCCACGGCAUGACUCGGGCCAGCUCUUCUUCAGCGCUGAUAAAAGUUGCGCCCGGGCGAGUGCUUUGGCCUCCAAUGUCGAGGAUGUCGAGUCCAGCAGUGAUAAUCUGGUCCAGAUGUUGACGCCUGGCACUGGGAGAGGAUUCGAAAUUGGAGAGUUUGGUGUUGGAGAAAGAAUCGGGGGUGGCGUUGAGGAUAGCCAUGACCAAGGUGCGGCGGUUGGGGUCUUGUGAUCGAAUAAGACCACCAUGGCCGUGGGCUGAACCUAUUCCCAUGACUGUGACGGACGACAUGGUUGGAUCUUUUGGGGUUAGAGACUCGAAAUGCUGACGGAUUGAGCGGGUCGAGGCAUUUGGAGAAAAUGAGGGUGGGAGGAUUAGAUCUGGUAGUAUACUGUCACGAAAUCUCAGCAGCAGGGAUGUUAGAAGGACACAGUCUAGGCUUACUCGCACAGGGGCCUCAGCACGAAUUCUCUUUCUAGCAUUAAGGGAUGUGGAACGUGGAGGCGGUCGUGUUUGAUGUGGUCAUUGUCAUAGAGCAAAACAUCCAAGUCGAUGGUUCUUGGUCCGUUCCGAAUCGAGCGGACUCUUCCUAGUCGAGAUUCAAUCCCUUGAAGGAGAUCCAGGAGGUCGAGAGGGGGGAGGGUCGUUUCGACCUCGCAGACGCCAUUCAGAAAUGCCUCUUGGUCGUCGUAGUACAUGGGUUUGGUCUCGUACAAAUGACUGGUCUUGGUGAUUUGAAGUCCUGAAUCCUUGAUAUGCUUCAGUGCUGAUUCAAUGUUGGUUAUUCUGCUCUCCUUUGUCAAG